AUGGCCUCCAAACCGUCGCCUCCCCAGGUUCGCGAGAAAGUGGACUUGCUGAUCCAUAACCUGGUCAACAUUAAAGAUGCCACCGGUCAGUUCCUGCUGCGUCUGCAGGACGGUCGGGUUAUCGACACUAAAUCCUGGGCCGGCUGGGAAUGGACGCACGGGAUUGGUCUAUACGGCAUCUGGAAGUAUUACGAGAUGACCGGCAACCCGGACCUUCUGCGCAUCAUCGAGGACUGGUUUGCCGCCCGCUUCGCCGAAGGCGGCACCACCAAGAACAUUAAUACCAUGGCCGUGUUUCUGACCCUGGCCUACGUCUACGAGAAGACGGGCAACGCUACCUACCUCCCCUGGCUCGACGCCUGGGCUGAAUGGGCCAUGCACGACCUCCCCCGCACGCGCUACGGAGGCAUGCAGCACGCCACCUAUCUCACAGAGAACUACCAGCAGCUCUGGGACGACACGCUCAUGAUGACCGUGCUCCCGCUCGCCAAGAUCGGCAAGCUGCUUAACCGGCCCGCGUACAUCGAGGAGGCGAAGCGCCAGUUCCUCGUGCACAUUAAGUACCUGUUCGAUACGCGCACGGGGCUCUUCUACCACGGCUGGACCUUUGAAGAGGGCGGCCACAACUUCGCCAGUGCCCGCUGGGCCCGCGGAAACAGCUGGAUCACCAUCGUCAUCCCGGAGAUCAUCGAGCUCCUAGACCUCCAACCCACCGACCCCCUCCGCAUUCAUCUCAUCGACACCCUCGAGGCCCAGUGCGAGAGCCUCCAGCGUCUCCAGGACCCUUCGGGCGCCUGGCACACCCUGCUCGACCACGCCGAUUCCUACGCUGAAGCCUCCGCCACGGCGGGAUUCGCGUACGGUAUCCUGAAGGCCGUCCGGAAACGGUAUCUGAGUCCUCAGUAUCGCGAGGUCGCGGAGAAGGCCGUCACUUCUGUUUUGGGGUAUGUUGACGCUGCCGGCGAGUUGCAGAACACGAGUUUUGGAACGGGGAUGGGCGAUAGUUUGGAGUUCUAUAAGUUGAUUCCCUUAACGGCUAUGCCGUAUGGCCAGGCGAUGGCUAUUAUGGCUUUGGGGGAGUAUCUGCGGGGAACGCUAUAG